AUGUAUGUAAGCUAUAUAAAGAAUGAUGGUACACAAGUUAAAGUUCCAUUAGACAACAACUGCUACUUAAACUUAUAUGGAGACGAACAAAAGAAAUAUUUCCGAGUUUAUGAAAUGGCAGAUAUGACAUUGCCUGACCCAGCUCCAGCACCAUAUUAUUAUGACUAUGUAGAUGACGAAGGAACACUACAUGCAGAUGAACAAAAGCAAACAUUAUAUUUAGAUUAUUAUAGAUAUAAAAGAUAUAAUGCAAUAGAAAAAACGAGAAUAGUAUAUUAUUAUAUAGAUGACAGAAAUAAAUAUUAUAGUCAAGAUUUUACCUACCCUGAAAACAUAAGAUUAUAUUAUAAAAAAUAUUCUUACACAAACCAGAAGAAACCUGAAAUAGUUGCACUAUAUUUUAAGUUCAAAAGAGACAAUCCUAUAAUGUCUCAUAUGUUUGAUUUAAUGAACCCAGUAGGUUCUAUUUAUACAUCUAUGGAAGCAAGAGGUCCUCAAGUAAUGUUUGGUGUUGGUGCAUGGGAACAAAUAGUCGACAGGUUUUUGUAUUGUGCAAACUCUUCAAAGGAAACAGGUGGAAGUAAAACGAUUUCAGGUGAAAAUUUACCUGCACACAGUCACUACAUAGAUUUAAGUACAUCUCAAGCAGGUUGGCAUAAGCAUAGAUAUUGGGAUUGGUCAGGAAUGACAAAAGGUCAAGGAUAUGAUGUUAAAGACGACGUUAAGUUUGCUAUAAAUUGUUACUGGGAUGACACUCAGGGAAAAGGAAACCAUACACAUCACGUUUCAGGAUAUACGCAAACAACGGGACAAAGUAAAGAAUACAUGCCACCUUACAUGACAGUUUACGCAUGGUAUAGAAUUGCUUAG